AUGGCCUCAGAAGAUGAAGACGACUAUAUGAACAUGGUUAUUGAGGAGCCCACUCAAAAGGAGACCUUUGCACAAAAAAAGCGCCGGGAACUACGAGAGGUAGCGUAUCCUCCACAUUCUAACAUAUCUAUCUGUCUCCGGCUGAAUUCCAAAUUCCAAACCAAUUCUAACAUUCUUUUCCAUAUGCAGGCCGAAGCCCGAGGCCGAGUCCCAUCCAAAGCCGAACGCGCCGCUCGGGAAGCCGUCCGCCGAGAAGAAGCCUUGGCCACAAGCACCCUCAACCCCAAUAACAAAGGAUUCCAAAUGAUGGCAAAGCUUGGGUUCAAACCCGGUGAUGUACUUGGAAAACCUGCUACACCCAGCGACUCUGACACUACCAACACCGACUCUUCCCUAAAGGCGCGCGCCGAACCGCUGAACCUAACUUUGAAGGAAAACCGCGGCGGGAUCGGGUUGGACACGGAAAAAAAGCGCAAGCUCCGUGAAGCAGCAGAAGAAUCAGCAAAGAGAAUCAAACAUGAGGAAGGAAGUUACCGAGAUCGCGUUCGUGAAGAGCGCGAGUUGAAACGCCUCGAAGCGCAGGUGCGCGCUGCACAGAAAGUUGCAGAGAGGCUGGAUGAGGAAUUGGAGAGUGGGGCUACCGACGAAGAGAAAGAACAAGGAACAGGGUCCUCGGCCAACUCCAACAAGGAGGGUGGUGACUCCGCGGAUCCUGGUCAACCACGCGAUGGACCCGAUGCAGCGAUAAAAAAGAAGCCAGUCAAGCCCACGUCCCAAAUCAACGUCCUCUACCGCGGUCUUAUGCGUGAGCGCGAACGGAACGACAGUGACCGCCAGACACGCCAUGCUCUCCAAUCGUCACUCCCUUCAUCAUUCUUCCCCAAAGCACGGCUACCAGAAUACGAUGACCCGACUAUGGACCGGGAAGAUAAAAAGGCGCUUGGUAGUGAACUGGAUCAGAAUACCUCCACACUGGAGAUAGAGCUGGAAGAAGACGACGAGGAGCUCGAUGCCUUCAAUGCGCUAGAGCCAGCUGAGCGGUUACGCAAGCUGGUUCUCUUUCUGCGUGAGACAUAUCGGUAUUGUUUCUGGUGUAAAUAUGCCUACGAAACCGAUCUUGAGCUGGAAGGGUGUCCCGGCCUGACCGAGGAGGAUCAUGAUUGA